AUGCGGGACUACGAGGAAGUGACCGCCUUCCUGGGCGAGUGGGGGCCCUUCCAGCGCCUCAUCUUUUUCCUGCUCAGCGCCAGCAUCAUCCCCAACGGCUUCAACGGCCUGUCGUCCGUGUUCCUGAUGGCGACCCCGGAGCACCACUGCCGGGUGCCCGACUCGGCGAACCUGAGCAGCGCGUGGCGCAACCACAGCGUCCCGCUGCUGCUGCAGAACGGCCGCGAGGUGCCCCACAGCUGUCGCCGCUACCGGCUUGCCACCAUCGCCAACUUCUCGGCGCUGGGGCUGGAGCCUGGGCGCGACGUGGACCUGGAGCAGCUGGAGCAGGAGGGCUGCCUGGAUGGCUGGGAGUACAGCCAGGACGUGUACCUGUCCACCAUCGUGACCGAGUGGGACCUGGUGUGUGACGACGACUGGAAGGCCCCGCUCAGCAUCUCCUUGUUUUUCGUGGGUGUGCUGGUAGGCUCCUUCAUCUCGGGGCAGCUGUCAGACAGGUUUGGCCGUAAGAAUGUGCUGUUUGUGACCAUGGCCAUGCAGACGGGCUUCAGCUUCGUGCAGGUCUUCUCCACAAACUUCGAGAUGUUCACUGUGCUGUUUGUCCUCGUAGGCAUGGGCCAGAUCUCCAACUACGUGGCAGCAUUUGUCCUGGGAACAGAAAUUCUCAGCAAGUCGGUCCGGAUCGUGUUCUCGACGUUGGGCGUGUGCAUCUUCUACGCAGUGGGCUUCAUGGUGCUGCCGCUGAUCGCCUACUUCAUCCGGGACUGGCGGAUGCUGCUGCUGGCGCUGACGGCGCCCGGGGUGCUGUGCGCCGCGCUGUGGUGGUUCAUCCCGGAGUCUCCCCGCUGGCUCAUCUCCCAGGGACGCUUUGCAGAGGCAGAGGUCAUCAUCCACAAGGCCGCCAAGAUCAACGGUGUCCUGGCCCCUGCCACCAUCUUCGACCAGAGUGAGCUACAAGACCUAAACUCCAAGAAACAAGCGUCUCACCGCAUCCUGGAUCUACUGCAAACCCGGAACAUCAGAAUGGUCACCAUCAUGUCCAUAAUCCUGUGGAUGACCAUCUCCGUGGGCUACUUCGGACUGUCCUUGGACACGCCUAACCUGCAUGGGGACAUCUACCUGAACUGCUUCUUGUCGGCAGUGGUGGAGGUGCCGGCGUAUGUGCUGGCCUGGCUGCUGCUGCGAUACCUGCCCCGGCGCUACUCCAUGGCCGCCGCCCUCUUCCUGGGCGGAGGUGUGCUGCUCUUCGUGCAGCUGGUCCCUUCAGACUUGUACUACUUGGCUACCAUCCUGGUGAUGAUGGGCAAGUUUGGAGUCACUGCUGCCUUCUCCAUGGUCUACGUGUACACGGCUGAGCUGUACCCAACCGUGGUCAGAAACAUGGGCGUGGGCGUCAGCUCCAUGGCAUCCCGUCUUGGCAGCAUCCUGUCACCCUAUUUCGUGUACCUGGGUGCCUACGACCGCUUCCUGCCUUACAUUCUCAUGGGGAGCCUGACCAUCCUGACCGCCAUCCUCACCUUGUUCCUCCCAGAGAGCUUCGGCGUUCCCCUACCAGACACCAUUGACCAGAUGCUGAGGGUCAAAGGAUUGAAAUACAGGCACAACCCAAACCACACGAAGAUACUGAGAGACAGCGAAGAGAGCCCGGCAAUACUUAAGAGCACAGCGUUUUAGCAGCCUCCAGUGAAGGGGAAUGACUGCGCCCUGACACAGGAGGCCAUGCAGACCCCGGGUCAUCCAGGGACACGGGCGUAUGCUGUGGAUCCUGUCAACCUGCGUGUGACCGGCUCGCAGACAGGCCUUGAUGGCCACCGUGGCCACUCCCUACUACAGGGGGCACGAUGCACUGGACCUAAUGAGCUCUGGAAGAAGGCCAGAACUUGGCACUGAAACCUGCCUGAAGAGGCCACCUGGAGAGAGUGCAGGGUUUCCCCUGCCUGGCCCCCGCUGCCCAGUAAAAGUGGAUUUUAGAGGAAAAGAAUUUCACUGGGAAUUUGACCCCUCACCUUGUCUCCAUCAUAUAGGAUGGUAACUGGGACCACUGCUAAAGGUCACAGGCUUCAGCCCACAUCAAGGUGGUCAAGGCAAGGGGCCCUGGGCAGAGGCUGGGACACCAGGGAGCAGGGAUCCACAAACUCCUGACCCCACUGCUGCCUCAGGAGACAGGUUUACAUCUGAUCAAAGCUCCAGGCUUGUGUGGGCACAUCCCAUGUGCAUCAUUGUCGCGUCCCAAGGGUUUACUUUCUGCCAUGGUGUACAUCAGGCUUGUUGCCACUCUAGUGCCUGCCUUAGAUGAGGCAUGAAGGAAGACGAGCCUCCUCCUCCCUCAAAACUGUCCAGGGACUUUGUGGCCUCGUUCAUCUGUCUGUUGUGCCUCUUUCUCCUUAACUUAUUUGCCCUGCAGUCUAGAUUUUGGGAAGGCUGGUUUCUCAGCCUUCUAGUCUGUGCCUUGUUUGUUGUUGUUGUUGUUGUUUUGUUUCAUUUUUGUUACUCAGAAUCAUACUUUCACCAGCCUCUGGUAGCUGCCUCUGGUGGCUGCCGUGUAAGGCCUGAAUUGCCACCAGCCAAUGACAUGGUUCUGAGCAGCAACAAUUGAUGUCAUUGUGUGUGUUCCUUUUGUAACACUUGAUCAUGGGGAAAG